CCAGACACAAAAGGGGACCAAUCUUUUUUACCAAAAAAAACCAAAAGUUUUUAACCAAAAUGUUCAAGUGGCUGGUUCUGCUGGUCGUCUUGGCCGUGGUCAGUGCCGAGAUCCAUCGCAUCAAAAUCCACAAGACACAGCCCAAAAAGAGCCAUCAUGUGGCCCGUCACAUCGCCAAGAAGGUGGCCAUCCACGUCCUGAAGCACGAACUGCGCCACUGGGUGGGUGAAGCCUUCAACUACGAUGACAGCUAUGACUACAGCAACGAAGAGCAGGACUCUGACUACACCAACGAGGAGCUGGGCAACUCGAUGAACAUGUACUACUAUGGAGAGAUUAGUAUCGGCACGCCGCCCCAGUACUUCAAUGUGGUGUUCGAUACUGGCUCUGCCAACCUGUGGAUUCCCUCGGUCCAGUGUCUGUCCACCAACGUGGCCUGCCAGGAGCAUAAUCAGUACAACUCCAGUGCCUCAUCCACCUUUGUUGCCGUGGCCGAGAACUUCACUAUCGAGUACGGAACUGGCAGUGUCAAGGGCUAUCUGGCCACCGACACAGUCACCAUCAACGGCCUGGCCAUUACCGGUCAGACUUUCGGAGAAGCCAUAUCGGAGCCGGGCAACAGCUUCACUGGCGUGGAGUUCGAUGGCAUUCUGGGCAUGGGCUUCCAGCAGAUCGCCAUCGACUAUGUGGUGCCUCCGUUCUACAACCUCUACGAGCAGGGGCUGAUCGACCAGCCAGUUUUCGGUUUCUACCUGGCCAGAAACGGCUCCUCCGACGAAGGAGGUCAGUUGACCCUGGGCGGUACCGAUUACAACCUUGUCGACGGUGAUCUCACCUACGUGCCCGUCACCAAGCAGGGCUACUGGCAGUUCGCCGUCAACCAGAUCACCUGGAACGGCACUGUAGUGUCCGGACCAGUUCAGGCUAUUGCCGACACUGGCACCUCCCUGAUUGUUGUCCCCGCCGACGCGUACACCAAGAUAAAUGAGCUGAUUGGCGCCAUCUACAUCCAGGGCGAGUGGUACGUGCCUUGCUCCACCGUGGACACUCUGCCGGUGAUCACCUUCAACUUCGGCGGCACCAAUUUCGACCUUCCAUCUUCGGUCUACAUCCAGACCUACAACGAGGGCGAAUACGACAGCUGUGUCUCCACCUUCACCUACCUUGGCACCGACUUCUGGAUCCUGGGCGACGUUUUCCUGGGUCAGUUCUACACCGAGUUUGACUUUGGUCAAAACCGCGUUGGUUUCGGCAAUCUGGCUUAAA